UCAAGUUUCUUUGGAGUUGUAAAGAAAGUUCAAUAUUAAUAUAAUUAAUGCAAUAUAAUUUCUAAGUUUUGCAGAUAUGUUCGGAUAUAAAACGAGUCAUUAAUUCGUAAUAGAUAAUAUAAAACAACAGUUCCGAACUGAGGUCGCUAUCAGCCGCAUGUUCAGGGUUUGUCGGAACUGCUUGGCUCUGCCUCCACUCUUUUUCUCCGCCACUUGCGUUCAGCCCAUUCUGGCGUUUCAUGAGGAGCUCGUCAUCGUUUUGCAGUGACCCGAGGUUGAUUGCUCUAACAGCAUUCGUACGUUUUUGACGAUCUACUGCAUAUCUCUUAUUUUAUGCUCUGCACGCCGAAGACUGCCUCUAGAAGAUAUUGGACAUCAUUAGCCGCUCUACCGCUAGGUAGCUGCACUCCGUGGACAUGGUCUGCGCCUACUGCUGGGUAACGGCAAUACCUGGCGUUCAACGUACUGCAAAUAAUGAAUCUUUUUGCUGAAGGCGUUUGCUUAAUACAGUUAUCAAAUCUGUCGCAUUUUGCUACAAUCAUGGCAAGUAACACACAGCUUGAUGUUCAGGACUUGGUUUCUAAGUAUUAGUUUUGAAAUAAAUAAUCUCAGUUCAAACUAUCCUGACGUACACACAGCUCCAUUAAUCAGCAAAAUUACAGAUCUUCUAAAUAUAGUAGAUUCAAAGCAAAAACUAAUCGAUCUGAAAGAUAACGAUUUAGAUUCUUCCCAUCUUGAAAUCGCUGAGCUCUUAGCCAGGUUGGAGAUCAAGAGAAAUCAUCAGAAACGGGAACUUGACCAUCGCCUCACCGAUGAAGAGGCAGAAGUAAGACUGAUUAAGACUAUAACUGAAAAACUAACCUUAAUACUACCAAAUCUAAGAAAAAUCUAUUAGUGCUAAAUAAUUAUCCCGUUCAGUAUGUAAUGAAUGUAUAAACGCUGAAUGAUUCAUUCAGCGAUGGAAAUUACAUAUACUAAAUUUAAAUUAAACAUUUAAAAUUCAAACUAAGCUUAUUAAAGGAAGGGUUAUCUAAAGCUAACCUAUACAUUAAUGAUUGGAGCAAACCAAAUGCAUAGACGAUCAGAUCCUGGAAGGUUAUUUUCAUUGUAUGUCUGAUUGUCUUUAGAACCAAAACAUAGAGACUUAAAAAUAGAGACUUAAUUUCUUGUACACUCCUUAUGUGUUACCUUGCAGGACACAUCCUCUGAUGGUGGUGUCAGUAUGGUCAGUGAAGAGAAAGGGUCAACCUUUGAGUACUUCACCAAUGCAAGUUUCACAGUAUACCAGGAUAUAUCCAAUUUGUGCUCUUGUUGAUGUUUGCAAUUUUGGACAACAUCACUGCCAGAGGACUAUAUGUAGAAUUAAAUCCAAAUAUAAUCUUGGAUAACAGCAAUGACACCGAGAUGAAGAGUACACCACUAACGGAUUUCCGUGACUUAGGUAUAACAGGUUGUCCAUACCAUAUCGUGGAUUACAGCCAGAACACCGAGAUGAAGAGUACACCACUAACGGAUUCCCGUGACUUCGACACAACAGGUUAUCCAUAUCACACCAUGUAUUACAGUCAUGACACCGAGAGGAAGAGUACACCACUAACGGACUCCCGUGACUUCGACACAACAGGUUAUCCAUAUCACACCAUGUAUUACAGUCAUGACACCGAGAGGAAGAGUACACCAUUAACGGACUCCCGUGACUUCGACACAACAGGUUAUCCAUAUCACACCAUGUAUUACAGUCAUGACACCGAGAGGAAGAGUACACCAUUAACGGAACUUUGAUCGUUGAAGAAGCCCCCAGAUGAAACCGCGCUGCUAUCAGUGUCAUUUACGAAUAGUAUUGGGUAGUAGAACAAUCUAUCUAAGCACACUUUCUUUUUGGGUAUUUUUACUGAUCACUAACUUUGUUUAUAAUAAUUUCAAUACGUUUGUCAAAUCUGAACCAAUUAAAAUGUAAUUUGUUUCUUAGUGAAGGAAUUGAUUAAACCGUUCAUCAAAAUUUA